CUUUCCAUUCUAGACAUGUGGCUUCCUUGACGGAGUCAUAGAAUAUAGGGUUUAAAUCAAGCUGAAAUUCAGAUCUAAAUUUGACGCCGACAGUUGUACCAAAAACCGCUAUCACCGUCGCAAAAUGGCCAGCACCGUCACCAUUUCUUCCGUUUUCAUCAUCCUCUUAACCAUUGCCACCGUCUUCACAUCCAAUACCGAAGCAUCAUCCGUCGAUUUCGUCAAGAAAACUGUCUCUUCUCACCCCAUUGUCAUCUUCUCCAAAUCCUACUGUCCGUAUUGUAAAAGGGCAAAAGGUGUAUUCAAGGAGUUGAAUGUGAAACCUUAUGUACUCGAGCUCGAUGAGAGAGAGGACGGGUCGAAAAUUCAGGAUGCAUUGAGUGAGAUGGUUGGGAGGCGUACUGUUCCACAAGUGUUUAUCAAUGGGAAACACCUCGGAGGUUCGGAUGAUACUGUUGAAGCUUAUCAGAGUGGAGAAUUGGCAAAGCUUCUUGGCAUUGAGAGUCAUAAAACGGACCUUUGAGCUUCAAGCCUUAGACAGCCUAAUAAUGCCGUAAUUUGUACGAAUGUUGGUAGUUUAAGUUGACUUGAGUUUACGAUUAUGUCAAAAUAUGUACCAAUAAAUUUGGAUAUGAUACCGUUUGUAUUACAUAUUCGGCCUAUUACCUCUCUAUAUACCGAUAAAGUAGACUUGAGGAA